UUCCGGUCGGCGGCAAGAUGGUGGCGCGCGGCAAGAAAGGCGCGGCGCGGGACUCGCCGGCUAUCCCGAGUCCGCCGGGGUACACGGCCAUUCCCAUCAAGUUCUCAGAAAAGCAGAAGGCUUCUCAUUACCUCUAUGUGAAAGAGCACCGAGUUCGAGAGGGCACCCAGUCGGCGUGGCCUGAGAAGUGUACCCUUUUUGUUCUCAAUGUGCCUCCAUAUUGCACAGAGGAGUGCCUGUCACGGCUCCUGUCCCCCUGUGGCCCCGUCAAGUCUGUGGAGUUGCAGGAGAAGCCAGAGCUGGCCGAGAGCCCCAAGAAGCCAGAGUCGGCGUUUUUCCAGUGCAGGCGUGUGCCGGGCUUCCAGGUGGCCUACGUGGUGUUCCAGCGACCAAGUGGGGUGCCUGCUGCCUUGAGCCUGAAGGGCCCUCUGCUGGUCUCCACGGGGAGUCACCCCGUGAAGAGUGGCAUCCACAAGUGGAUCAGUGACUAUGCAGAUGCGGUGCCCGACCCCGAGGCCCUCAGGGAGGAGGUGGACGCGUUCAUGGAGGCCUACGACCGGAAGAUAGCUGAGGAGGAGACCAAGGCCAAGGAGGAGGAGGGCGUGCCUGACGAGGAGGGCUGGGUGACGGUGACGCGCAGGGGCCGGCGGCCCGUGCUGCCGCGGACGGAGGCCGCCAGGCUGCGCGUGCUGGAGAGGGAGAAGCGCAAGCGCGCGCGCAAGGAGCUGCUCAACUUCUACGCCUGGCAGCACCGCCAGACCAAGAUGGAGCACCUAGCCCAGCUGCGCAAGAAGUUCGAGGAGGACAAGCAGAGGAUUGAGCUGAUGCGAGCCCAGCGCAAAUUCCGGCCCUACUGAGCCCAGCCGGCCGGGGCCAUCGGGGCCUGGGACUGAUGCCCCAUGCCAGAGGCCCGUCGGGUUCAACGGCCCCGCUCGCCUCCACCCACGUGGCCUUCAGGAGCAGCUCCCCCUCCUGCCCGGAAGUCAGACCGACCGACUCCCCUUCCGCCUCCCUUGCCGCAGAGCCACCUGGACGGCAGCGAGGGGACACGCCUUUUAUUUCCGUCCUCCAUCCGUCCUCGCCCUGGCGUCCUUCCUCCCUCCAGCUCGCCCGGUGGGGACCCGGAACUGCCCCACCCCCGCACAGCGCAGGGGAUUCUGCCGCCCGCCUUAGUCUUCAGGAGCCGCCAGGCCCGUCCAGCGCGGCGGCCCGUCCACGCCUGCGCGCUACAGCCGCGCCUGCGCCCCGCACCGGCUCUGCAGGAAGGCGCCGAUGAUCUCCGCCACGCGGGGCGCCUUGUUCAUGUGGAUGUAGUGGUUGCCUUCCACCUCCACGUAAUGGAACCGCUGCGGAAGGUGGAAGGUCAGCCGGCCGGCUGGCCAGGGCUCCCCAGCCAGGGCCCCCCAUGGCCCGCUGCCGCCCGCUGUCCCAAGAACCCGAGUCCCCGGCCAAACUCUGGGCACUGGGGGGCCCCUGGCGGCCUGGGGACCUGAGCUGUGGCGGGGGAGCACAGGGCUAGGGCUGCUGACUAAAUGGCUCCUCUCUGGGGCUGAAGAGAGGCCUGGGGAGCACGGUGGGCUUCAGGGGUGCUUCCUGGGAGUGGCCCGCCCCUCACGGAGCACACCAAGUGUGUGUCACAGCGCCGGGUCCAGAUUAGCCACCGUGGCCUUAAAGUGCCAGGUCCUCCCGGGCCCCCAGCAGGGGUCAUGGUGACUGCACUGUUUCCCCCACCCCACCCCCAGCCCCCGUGGCCAGCACCCCACUAGUGCCAGACUGGUGCUGGGAGCAAGGUGCGGGCCACGUCGGGCAUCAUGUGAGGUCAAUAAA